CACCUUUACUCUAUUUAUCUACCGCGUCUUGUUGAUUUGACAAAAGGAAAGGUGAAAAACAAAGCAGGCAGGUUUACUUUUUGUGCAAAAAGUAAUUAUAAAUUGUGUAUCUACGGUGUCAGAGAGCAUGAAAAUGAAGAUGCCAGAUAUUAAUAUUGGCGGAGGCAGCUCAAACAAUGGCUAUUCAACUAAUGGUAACUACAGCGACAGCUACGAUUCGGAUCCGGAGGGUUAUAUGACGCCCCCGAACGAAGACAGCUCGUCGGGAGGGCCGAACUAUGAUGAGGAUUUUUCAGAGUACAUGUGGAUGGAGAACGAAGAAGAGUUUGACAAGCAAGAGAUGCAACGAUUAGAGGAGGAAGCUCUAAUGGAGCAAUGUAUUGAAGCAAUGCUUCGGGACGAGCUUGAAGCUCAAGAAAAUGAGGAACAGGAAACUUAUCAGUUGCAGAAUGAUUCUACGAAGUCAUCGGAGAGCUCGAAGGAAUUGUGCAGUGCCCUGUCUGUGCUACAAAUCAGCAGAGAACGAAAGGUCGAUGUCGAAACGUCUACGUUGAAUCCUUUGGCGGUGGAAUUUGUGCCACUGAAAAUUCCGCCAACUUCUACUUAGGCCGAAUCCACGAUCUCUCACUCUCUUCAACACACACACUCCAGAGGUAGGCCAAACGUAAAGAAUACUCAAGUUGCAUACAUAAAAAAUCAGAUACAACAAAAAGAAACAAAGAUCCAAACAGAAGCACGCUUCCACUAUUGUUACAAUUGCGUUUACUUUUCUGUGAAAAGUAACGUUGAGUAUUGUUGCGAGGACUUACAAUUUACGGAACACUGACCGGAUUACGAACGAAGAACGGAAGAAUGUAAAUGCAUUAAGAAAAGGUUAAAGCUUAUUGGAUGACGAACACACCAUACAUAUGUUUUCUUGAUCACGAUCGCUGCGACAGACUCGAGAUUAAUGAAUGAAUGCAAAAAAAAAAACAAAUGUAACAGACUUGUAUAUUUUUGCAAGGCGCUUCAGAUACUGGCAGAGUUAUUUAAAUAAUAUUCGACAAAUUCUUUGUUUUGGAAGCUUAUUGUGUCUAUAGAAUAAAAAUAAGUCUGCAAUAGGAAAUUAAAAUCAUUUGGGAUUGUUAGAUUAUCUGGUAACUGGUGAAAUUUUAUCUUUUUUUUUUAAAUCCAAAUACUAUACAACGAAUUUGUCUGUUUAUGAUACGAUCUACACGUUUUAUUUUUUUUAUAUAUGUGACACUUGCUUCUAUUCGUCUUAGAGUGGCAGGGGUUUGCAAAAAUAUUUAUAUUUGCAUGUUUCUCAACGUUAGAAAAGUUAUUAAUUAAAAUUCGUUUUUCGACAAAGCUCGAUUUUAAAGUGUGUAUUUCGAAUGUACUCUUGGGAAUCAUUUCACAAAAGCACACAGAUGAUAAAUUUACCAAAAAAAAACCUGUACCACACGAAUUAGAACCAGACACAUAUCUUUGGAAGCAUUAUUCAUUACAAUUACACUCGUCAAUUAUGAUUUCAUGAAAAAACUGAACUUGUCAUAGAAGUCUUAUUUUCGAUGCAAAAUCCAGAAAAAUUACAAAUUUAAUAGAUUCAGUUUGGUGAGUAUUAUGAACACAAAAAAACGAAAUACUAUUAUGAAUUAGUGCAAAACAUAGUUCCUUAGUUCAGUAACAGAUAGAUACAUAUGUAUGUCAUUUGCCAGAUGUAGCGCUCAGACAGGUUCAAAUUGUUGCUGCAGUCAAUAUUCUGACCUAGUAAGCCUACAGUUAGCGAAGCAAAAAAAACCAGGAAAAAUCGUACAAAAAAACUAACAAACUAAAACUUGAAAAUGCUGUUACUACUGAUUUGAAUAUGACAAAUUGAACACGUUUCUUUUUGUUUGCCUAAAUACUGUCUCCCAAUAGUUGCUAAGUUGGUAUGUUUCCACAGGCAGCGCAAAAGUAAACAAUAACUUGAAAGGGUAUUUGAGCGUUGUGAAAAACUUGAGCGGGGUUAGACGGAAAUGCGAUCGUAAAAUAGUAAUGAUUUGUGGCAAGUCUGAAACAACGUGAAUAGGGGAGGGAUUCUAAAUCCCUUUAGGAAAUAAUGUUUCAACCUGUGAUACGUUGCUUCUGUAUUUGAAGAGAACAGUUCUCUUCCAACACGUGUAUUGUAGUUUUCUCUCUUAUUUUUCUACAUUUUUGAUCGAAUUGGAUGGAAUAUUAUUACUAGCAAUUUUCAAAACAAACACGUUAGUAUAGAGUGGAACCAACGAUGUGAAAAUUUAUUUGUAAAAUCUUAUCCUUGCAUUUAAAACGACGAAGAGAAGUAUCCAGUUUUAGUCCUUCCUGUUUUAUAGUUGUGAUUUUUUUAUUUAUUUACUAGUUAAGAUAGCAGCGCAAAAAAUACGUUUUACAAGUAACAGAAAUAAGUUCAAACAUAAGUAUCAAUCGUGUGAUAGUAAAAAUAAAAAGUUAUAAAAGUCA